AUGGAGCUGGUUCUGCCACAGCUCGGACUCCUUGAGAAGGCCCUCGCCGCCGCGCAGCACCCCGGGAGGCGACAGCGCAAGGCCGGGGGGCCGCCAGCGGAUCCACACCGCGACGGCGGCAAGGCCGACGAGCAGGACGGGCAGGCGUGCAUGGUGAGCCACUCCACCGCGCGGGCCUCGCCAGCAGGCGGCGGGACCAGUGACGGUACGGCCCUCUGGGGCCAGCGAUGCCUCGGAGGCGACCUGGCCCAGCGAGGCUGCCGCCCGGGUGUCCAGAGGUGCCGAUGGCAGAAGAAGAAAAAGUCGCAGUCAUGA